AUGAUUUACAACUUCUACAUCUUCGGCCGUGGCCGGCGGUGCCUCUGUCGGGAGGAGUGGAACCGCAUCAGGCCGUGCGCCGACGUGACCCAGGAGACGAAGUUCAUCAGCGGCACGCUGCUGACGCUGACGUCCUUGUGCUCGCAGCUGGGGCCACCCGGCGGCCAGUUCACGGCGUACACCACGCCGCAGUACAAGCUCCACGCCUUCUCCACCGCCACCGGCUACCGCCUCGUCCUCACCACGGACCCGUCGGUGCGCGACCUGCAGGCGAGUCGGAGAAGGAGGAGUGGCAACGAGGACCAGGACACGCUCCGGCACAUCUACGCGGAACUGUUCGUGGAGCACGUGGUCAAGAACCCGCUGUACAGGAUCGGCGAGGACGUUUCCAAAUGCACCACGUUCCUCAGCAAGCUCCACAGCUUCGUGCAGACCAGGCCGUUCUUCGCCAUCUCGGCCUGA